AUGUAUGAUACAUCUCCCGACUUUGCUUAUCGCGAGGACCUAUCUGAGUAUUAUGUCUCUGAUGAAAACUCUUAUAAUCCGUCAAACCCUUAUGGUUUCAAUGAGCAUUUUCAUCCGACUGAAGCCUCUAAAGAGAUUUACAUCGUCACACUCGAUCAACAAUUAUCAACUGUUGGACCAGAAAUUAUCAACCAUAUGAAAGUAGAGAUGUCAAACAACGAGACAACAAAAAUCAAAUUGACAAAUACUACUCGACAAAACAUCAAGGUUGUAAAAACUCAAAAUAUGAUCCCAUCAAGUAAUGUGUUGAAUGUUUUGCGUGAGUAUGUUCCUGAUAUAAAAAUCAUUAUAUGUGUAAGGGAUACUUUUUUUCGACGUAGUAAUUUCGCUGGGUUAGCUAAUCUUUUAGCAUCAUGCAAGCAUUUCCUUGAAACUCUCCCCUGCUUUAUCACCCCAUAAUUGCUUCUGUUUACAACUUACAUACAGGGCACAGCAGCUUUCAUUUUGCUGAUAAGGUUAACCUUUGACUUAUGCC